AUGUUCAAUCUUGAUGAUCUCCCUGACUUUUUAUUGGUCGAAAUCCUUUGUCGAAUUCCUCAAAAAUCGGCAGUUCAAUGCAUGUGCGUGUCCAAACGUUGGUACGGUCUUGUUUCUGAUCCUUAUUUUGUUGGCCGCUUUCUACGUCUCCGAAGUGAUAACCAGGUGCCCAUUUAUACUUAUUUCCUGUUCACGAAUCCAAAGAAGAAAAGGAAAUUGUUUUUUUCCGAUUGGGGGAAGGAGCCUAAAAGAAGCAGCGACUUGUCUCUUUUGAGUUUCCUGCCUCCUUUUCAAGAGCCUCCUGCUGUCAGUGUCAACACACGAGGUGGUGAACCCAUCGUGGUAGGGGAAUACAAUGACUUGCUUUUAUGCUGCGCAACCACGUGGUUUCAACGUUAUUACUACAUUUGCAAUCCAUACACCAAGCAAUGGGAUGCUCUUCCUCCCCCUCCUCAAUGCUACAAAAGUAUAAGAGUUGGAUUCAUUUGCGAUCCCUACUAUAACACUACUAGUACUACCAGUACAAUAUUCCAGCUUAAUGCCGAGUAUAGGUACAGUGUUGUGCGAUUACUCCCUGAAUUUCCAGGGCUUGAGAAUUCAUCAUCCUCCCAAUUCAAAGCACAGAUUUUCUCUUCUGAGACCGGUAAGUGGACAGAGUCGGUUGUAUUAAGUCCACGAAGCUUUCGUUUCGAUAACUUGGCUUGCAAUGCCGGGGUUGCGUGCAAUGGAAUGUUGUACUGGUGGAGUGCUGCUCAUGCUGAUGAUGGUAGCUUUAUUAUUGGUUUGGAUCCCUACUCCAAUAAUAGUAGCAGCACUGGUGGCGAUCAUAAUAAGUAUUAUUUACGUUUCAUCGAUAAGCCUGAAAAUGAGGAUGGAUACAUAGACUUGGUAGGUGUGUGUAACAGAGAAGGGUGUCUGCGAAUGUGCCUGCUAGACUCAUAUGGUAAUAUAAGUGUUUUCGAUUUUAAAGAUGAUCAAGUUGUGGACAGCGCUGCUGCAGGCAAAUGGUGUUUGGUAGGCGAAACUUCCAUGUACCCAUUGUUUUUGGAAAAAUUGACACGUGAGGGGCGCUGGGUUGACAAGUUUAUGGGUCUUGCUUUCGACCCAAUUAACAAGGAUAAGAUUUAUCUAGAAUGGGAUCAACACAUUUUUGUACUUGACAUUCGUUUAGGAUUGUUUUGGGAGGGGUGGGAACCUCCGUGUAGUUUUAGUCCGAUUCUUGUUGGGAGAGUUGCCUUCCCAGUUGUCCUCCAAUGGUGGCCGACACCAGUUACUAGACACAAAUGGACGUCCUCGAGUUCAAAUCGUGUACCAGAAGGGCAUGGUGGCCCGAGAACCAGAAGCUCAACAAGGAAGAGACCUCGUUCUCAAAACCGCAGAUUUCUUAUUGCAGAGAUAAAAAUGAAAAUUAGAUAG